AUGAAUCGCCAACGAAGAACUAACAAUGGAAAUGCCAACAACAACAAUAAUGGAGGUGCAAAUGUGAUGAAUCAACUAGCAGAAACUUUAGCAACAUUGGUUGGAAAUCAACAAAAUAGACCUAGAAGCCUAAUAGCUGAGUUUAAGAGAUUGAGUCCUCCAGUUUUUGAGGGAUCCACAAAUCCUUCAGAGGUGGAUAAGUGGUUACAGGAGAUGGAGAAGAUUUUUGAGUUGUUAGGAAGUAAUGAUGAGCAGAAGGUUAGUUUGGCAAGUUACCAACUUCAGGGGAGUGCUUAUGAUUGGUGGCUUAUGGAAAAGAGACGAGUGGAUGGCAACGAGGAAGAGGCAGCCCAACCUUACACUUGGGAAACUUUCACUGAAUCUUUUAAGGAUAAAUAUUUUCCUAGGACAAUUAGAGCUAAGUUGGAGAGAGACUUUAUUAGGUUAGAACAAGGAGAGAAACAAACCGUGUCGGAGUAUGAAGCCGAAUUUGCUCGUCUAGCUAAGUAUGCGCCAGCUCUAGUUGUGGACGAAGUUAGUAGGGCACGUAGGUUUGAGGAGGGACUGAGAAGUGAGAUUAAGAGGCAUGUGGCUGCUUUUGAGCUGAACAGUUACAAGAUGGUGUUAAACAAGGCUUUAGUAGUGGAAAGAGGAUUGACGGUAGAAGAUGAAAAGAAAGAUUCUGAGCCUAAGAAGAGGGCCGAGCCUACCAGCGGAUUUAAUGAGAAUGGACCAGCAAAGAAGUUCAAUAACCGAGGGAAUUUUAAUCGACGCGAUUCAGGAGCUAGGCUUUCUUGUUCGAGAUGCGGAAGAAAUCACUUAGACAAGGACUGUCGCUGGAACACAGGAGCUUGUUUUAGCUGUGGUGAGACUGGGCAUAAGGUUGCAGAGUGUCCAAAACGCGAUACUUCAAGGGACAAGGACAAUAAGAACAAGGGCACUCUAGCCGCCCUUGGACCAAACUAUGGACGAGUGUUUAAACUUCCUACCGGGCCAAACACAGAUUAA